AAGAAAAUGGCGAGAGUUGCGUGGAAGGUUGAAAUUCUCGAUAAAAUAGUCCACAAUCGCUAGCAAAGGCGUCCGUAGUUGGUAAAAAAGUGAAUAAUGGUGUACAAUAAGCAUUUAGUGAGUGGAUAGUGAUACUGUGGUGGUGUAGAAUUAGCGUGGAGUUGAGGUAUUUCCCAAAAUUUCCACCACGCAACAACAUUUUCGCUGCGUUACAACAUACGUCGAAAAAAGUACCAUUGAGAAAAAAAGGACAAGGAGAAAUGUAGAAUGAGUGGAAAUGGAAGAGAUGUGACGUUUCAGUAAUUUUCACAGUAACUUCUGCUGGCUAGACGAACAGAGAGAGAGCGCAUAAAGGAGGCACAAUAGGAGUUUAUACGUACCUAUAGUGAAUUUCAAUAUUUAAAAAUAGUUUAUAUUUCUGCCCUCAUUUUACAUAGUGUGUUUUCUACAUAAUGCUUGCACAUAAGCUUUAUUUAUUCGCUCCGUGAAAACAGACGUAGAGAAUGAAUUGCUUCUUUUCGAGACGAGAGAAGAAGCAUCUAAUCUAAUUUGUGUGUUAAUUUUUUUCCAACUUAAAAAAAAAGUUACACCCAAGAAAUCUGACCAUAUUUCGCUGAGGUUGGCAGAGAAAUUGGAUAAAGCGCUGAGUGAAAAUGUGGCGAGAGGCUCUCGUGUGCUGCAAUGGGACAGAAAAGCCCAGAAAACUAUCUGCAGUGAAGUGUUUAGUGCAUUUUCCGUCUCCAGUGCUUCCCUGGUAGAGAAGUGCAGGACGAGCCUUUUUCAGUUUCUCCUCCAAACUCUCCCACACACGAGAAGACAGACUUCGUUUCCCCCCUUCAUUGAUGUUCGACGUGAAAGUGCGCGCGGGGUUUUGUGUGCGGCAGGGCAAGAAAGUGUGCUAUGAGAAUUCUCUUGAGGACUCUUAGGCGGAAAACCGAGGAUCUCAACUCGUCAACGCGCCAACACAAAUGAAAACGUCGCAUUUCCCUGCCAACUACGACUUCUCCGGUCGCCCUCUGAUUCAGGGUGGAACAGCAGCACUUCAGGCGAGCGUUCGCGACAAGGGUCAGCAGUACGGCAGCAGCGGGGGCGGCGACUACCCAUCAUCGUCAUCUGGCCUUCAGCUCCACGCCACGUACCAGCAGUAUGACAACGACUGCUCCAUAAUCUCCACCAGCGGAGCCAUCGCCAGCCUCUAUCCCUCGUCGGCGUCCACCAGCUCGUACGGCCUGGAUGGCGCGGCCAAGUAUGAAAUAGUGCCCUCGGCCGCCCUCACCAGCUCAGCCAGCGCCGCCGCGCACGACGCCGCGGGAGAGUACCACGUGAUCAAGAGCACGGCCAGCAAGUAUCAGCAGCAGAGCAAGGCGGCCAAGAGGAAGCGCGAGACAGCCGAGUGCGAUUGUGGAUGCGUUGAUUCAACAGUUGUGAGCAGCACAUCGGGGCCGGUGAGCGCCGCCCCGUCCAACGGCUCGAAGACGGCGCAUACAAAGGUCGCGAAUUCCGGGGGCCACGCGGCGACGCAGGCCCCCAACAAACGGUCCAGCAGCGGAGCGGACGGAGACUAUCAAUUGGUCCAGCACGAGGUUCUUUACUCACUGUCAGCACAAUAUGAGGUGCUGGAGUUCCUGGGCCGCGGCACUUUCGGCCAAGUGGUGAAGUGCUGGAAGAAGGGCACGAGCGAGAUCGUGGCCAUCAAGAUCCUGAAGAAUCACCCUUCGUACGCCAGACAGGGGCAAAUUGAGGUGUCCAUCUUGUCGCGCCUGAGCCAAGAGAACGCCGAUGAGUUCAACUUCGUGCGGGCUUUCGAGUGCUUCCAGCACAAGAAUCACACUUGCUUGGUGUUCGAAAUGCUGGAGCAGAAUUUGUAUGAUUUCCUGAAGCAUAACAAAUUCUCACCGCUGCCGCUGAAGUACAUUAGGCCGAUUCUGCAGCAGGUUUUGACUGCUCUGUUGAAAUUGAAGCAACUGGGUCUGAUUCAUGCUGACUUGAAGCCUGAGAACAUAAUGUUGGUGGACCCCGUGCGUCAGCCCUACAGGGUGAAAGUAAUCGAUUUCGGUAGCGCAUCUCACGUGAGCAAGACUGUGUGCAACACGUACUUGCAAUCACGCUACUACCGGGCGCCGGAAAUUAUUCUCGGAUUGCCAUUCUGCGAGGCGAUUGACAUGUGGUCGCUUGGCUGUGUCGUGGCGGAACUGUUUCUCGGCUGGCCUCUGUAUCCAGGUUCAUCGGAAUAUGAUCAAAUUAGGUACAUAUCACAGACGCAGGGUCUGCCGACGGAACACAUGCUCAACAGCGCCAGCAAGACGGCCAAGUUCUUCUACCGCGACGUGGACUCGACAUAUCCCUUCUGGCGGCUGAAGACGCCGGAGGAGCACGAGGCGGAGACGAACACGCGCAGCAAGGAGGCGCGGAAGUACAUCUUCAACUGCCUGGACGACAUUGGACAAGUGAACGUGCCCACGGACCUCGAGGGCGGGCAGCUGCUGGCGGAGAAGACGGAUAGGCGUGAGUUUAUAGACCUGCUGAAGAGAAUGCUGACAAUCGAUCAAGAACGACGAAUUACACCAGCCGAAGCACUAAAUCACGCUUUCACGACUCUGACACAUCUUGUGGAUUAUGCUCAUUGCAACAAUGUGAAGGCAUCGGUUCAGAUGAUGGAAGUGUGUCGUCGAAGUGAUUUCCAUACAGUUCAACCAGCACAGACUCUGGUGACGAAUUUUGUGCCCAACACCACCGAAAAUAUGACAUUCACGAUAAACAAUCAAUUAACGAGUCAGGUGCAGCGUCUGGUGCGUGAACGUCCCACCACGUAUGACAAUCUCUAUCAGAUUUACGGCGGUCGCACUGUCGGUCGUCAGUACUCCAGCGGGCGAACUGAUGCGUUCCAGCAUCAGCUGGUCUCGAGCAUUCUCUGUCCGCCGGGCUAUCAGGCCAUGCCCAGUCCAACGAAGCACGUCGUUGUCGGCGGCGCUGCGAUGCAGCCUCCGCUGCAGAUAACAUCGCAGCAGUACGUGAAUGUGCCGGUGCCGGUGUCGAUGGUGGAGCCGUCUUCCGGCCAGCGCAUGCUGCUGACGAACGCCGUGCAGACGAACAGCGUCGCGUGGCCGCAGAGCGGGCGACAAGUGGCGCUGGUGCCGUCGUGGCCGCAGCAAGGCGCGCCGCACUCGCUGAUCGUCGACUCGACGCCCUUCCUCAACGUCGAGGAGAUCUACCCGAAGCACCAUCUCAACCUGCAGCGGCACGAGCCGAAGAAGGAGUCGCCGGUGCACCAUCUGGUCGUGCCGCGGCACGACAAGAAGGAGACGAACCAGCUGUCGCCGGUGAAGAAGCGCGUGAAGGAGAGCACGCCGCCACACCAGCAGCGCUACAACCGCACGCACAUCUCGCCGCAAUAUCACCACAAUUCGCACCACUUCUACAGCUCCGGCAGCAAUAGCGGCGGCAUGCAGCAGCAGCUCGUGCCGCUGCAGCAGCAGCAAGUCAUGGCGUCGGCGUCGUCCGGGGCGCACCAUCAGGAGGCGGCGAACAGCGGCGGACAUCAUCACUACAGCAACAACCACCACGGCCACCAUCAUGGCCAUGGUGGCGGCGGCCAGGCGCAGUCCGGCAACGCGGCGUACGCCGUGGUGAACAACGCCGUGGCGAAGCAGCAGACCAUCACGAUUCACGACACGCCGUCGCCCACAGCCGUGAUCACAAUCUCGGACAGCGAGGACGAGAGUCCGGAGGUGCAGCGCGCGCCGUGCAAGAACACCAACCGCAGCCACAACUCGUCCUCGUCGUCGUGUCGCUCCAAUCACUCCAACAACGUGACGACGAACCAGAAUGUGGGCACGAUGACGAACUCUUCCUCCUCGUCGUCCAUGUCGUCGUCCAACAGGAGUCGCAAGAAUGUGAUCUCGUGCGUGACGGUGGGCGACAGUGACAACGAGGAGCGCGUGCGGAGUCCGAAGGUGAUCCAGCAGGCGCCGGCCCAGCAGACCAACAAGGCGCCACCGCCGGCGGCGGUGAGUCACCAGCACGGGCACGCGCAGUCUGGACAGCAGCAACAACAGGUGGCGAAUCCGCACGGCGGCGAGCAGCGGCACAGCAACAAGGUGUCGCAGUCCAUCAAGUACGAGCCGCACGCCGUGCAGUCGCAGAAGAAGAGGCUGCUGGCGAUGGCGCAGAAUGAGUGUUUCCUCUCGUCCUCCGCCUCGUCGGCGGCCAACCAGCUGCACGUGCCGAAGCAGGAGCCGGCGGAGUUCACCUACGACUACACGCAGGUGGACAAGCGCGCCUCGUGGGCACCGCCGGCGCACCACAAUCACCACAAGAGGGACGCGGCGCCAUUCAUGGCCUCGCAGCAUCCGCCGCCCAUGGCGCACACGAAGAACUCCUCCGCCGCCGCGGCUGCGGUGGCCGCCUCGUGGGCGGCGCCCGUCUACCGGCAGCAGCACCAGUCGUCCAACACGCCGCUGGGCAGCUCGCCCGGCGGACUGCUGCAGCAGGACAUCUACGCGCAGGGCGACAUCUACAGGCGGCCCACGGUGUUCGUCUCGCAGGCGCCCUAUCAGACCUACAACCGCGUCGUGCCCCCGCCGGCGCACAACGGAUCCAGCCGACAGGUUCUGCCUUCGCAUCCUUUGCCAGCUCACAUUCAAUUCCCCACGCAAUACAGUCAAUUUGGGCCGCUCAGUCCGGCGCAGGUGUCCAACAAGCACGGCCACUAUCAGCCGGCCAAUCUGUGGUUCGGCGGCGAAUAGGAAACAGUCGUUCUUGUGUUCGCACAAGCGAUCUUCUGUCAUUGCUGAGAAAGGAGAAGAGAGAAUAGGUGGAAAGACGUCAACUAUGAUUAUUAAUUUUUGUAUAAAAAUCACUGAAAAUACUUUAAUUAUUGAAUUAGGAGGAAUGUUUAUUAUUUAAUUGUCAAUUUUUUUUCCUGAGAAAUAACGAUCUUGCACUUCGACGAUUGUUUAUAUGGUUUUUACUUUUCUUACAUUGAUAUAAAGGAUGUAAUUUCUGGAGUGCAGAGUAUUUCAAUGUUUAUUUUACUGAUUGAAUUAACGAAAAUGGCAUAUUUUUGGUGUAUUUUAAUUAUAUGAGAGCUAAAGUUUCUUCCUAGAAUUCUAGUAGAAUUUACAUGUGUUGUGUAAAGUAACAUAAAUAAUGGGACACGAUAAAGUGUGUGACUUUUUUUUUUAAGAAUGAAAAAUUGUUAUUUUGAGAAGAAGAUGAUGAAGAAAUUGGUUCACCAAAAUUUACUCACAGUCUUUUAAGUAGAAUUAACGUGCAAUUUGUAAACUGUCACACUACAGGAACCAAUUCUAGAUAAAAGAGAAGAAAAGUACUUUGUAGAUGAGAAAAUAUUAUAUUAAAAAAAAUGUGAUUGUGGAUUUUUCGCUAGAAAUUACUGCAUGAAAAAUUGGACAAAGUGAAAAUUAGACUUGAAAUUUAAACAAAAAAAAGAGAGAUUUUAACCAAAAUUAUCCAUUUGUUUGACAAGAAAUGAAGAAAAAAUGCUUGAUAUAAUUGUGAGGCACAUAAUUAUUGCCAAUAAUACAUUAUAAAUAUACAGGCCUAAAGGUGUAAACAUAUUAAAAGAAAAUCAAUCAAAUAUUAAGGAGGACAGACAAAUCUAAUAUGAAUGCUGUAAAUAGUCUAGAGAUGAAACUUAAGUGUAGCGAUUUUUGUGUACAUAAAGGAAGACUUAGAUAGAUGAGGAAAGGAAGGGGGAAAUUGAAUGAAAAUCAAAAGCGAUUUGUAUACUUCUCAAAUAAUAAUUGUAAUAUUGCAGGAUUGAUUAGCUUGUUUAUCAUUUUGUAUGUUUUCCUUAAAAGUAUAAUUAUUAGUUUGUUAUUUUAACAUUCUGCACAUACAAAUUUUUACUAUUAUUAUUUAUCGCUUGGUAUUGAUUUAUAUAUCAUAUUAUAAUUGACAUUCUGGAUGGAGAAUUUAAUUUGUAAGGAGAAAAACAAAAAACACGUCAUUAUCUUAAUCAAAUAACUCUUUUCCAAAUAUUUAAAUGAAAUUAUUUAUAUAUAGUAAUUGUGUAUUUUCUAUUCUUAACAUUGAUUGAGCGUAAUAUAGAGGAUAUUUUUAUUACACGAACAAAGUAUAUAAAAAGAAAUAAAUGCCUUAUUAAUUGAAUAGACAAAAGAAGAGAAGGGACAAUGAUAAAUGAUAUGUAAUGAGCGUUCUUACAAUUUACUAGUAAUUGAUAAUAAAAGUAUAACUAAAAAAUACAGUGAAGUAAUUGUGUUAAUAGUGAAAGAAAAAGAGGAAAAUAUAUUAAUCUAUGUGGGUGUUUUUAAUUUUUGCGAUGAAGUCAUUCAUAUUUAGUGUAACGAUGGUUUAUUUUCAAUUAUUUGUUUUGCUCUAGAUAUGAUUAUAGUGAUAGUUUUUCACGAUUUUAUUCACUUGACGCUUCACUAUUUUUUUUUAAAUGAUUUGUGACAUUUUUCCACACAAUUAUACAUAAAUCACUUUUUCCGAAUUUCUAUCGUUCUUUAUUUUGAUUUUAGUAGAAAAGAUAGAGAAUAUAAUUAAGAAUGAUAUUUAGAAAUACCUUUGACAGCAUAUUAAAACACAUUACAAUAAAUCAUUGAUAAAAAAAACAACCUUUCAUAACACCAAGAA